AUGUUACUGGAAGUCUUAAUGUUCGAAGCCGGGCUACAACAGUCCUUGCUUAUAGGUUCAGCUUUCUUAAUAGUUGCAUAUUUGAUCGUUGUUCGGUACAACCGCUAUAAACUCCUCAAUGAAAUGAUCAGAAAAUACCCUGAUCCAAAUAUUGUGCUUAAAAACCACGAUAUCGCUAUGGAGAUUUAUAGUAAUAUAUUCAGAAAGGAAUUCCCAUUGUUUGCACGCUCCUCCUUAGAGUUUGCCUUAUUCAAACCUUUUGCUACGCCCUCUGUGAGUAAGCUACUUGUCUCAACAAGGGAGUUCCUAGACCACUGUUCUCGUCGCGCCGAGGAUACCGAACUCAUUCUGUCUGAAAUUAUUGACCCUUAUCCAAGAAUUCAAAACGAAUUAAGAAAUAAUCCAAAUAUAUCAGGGAAAGAGAUAACGAAGCAAUAUGAACGACGAGAAGCAUCCAUCAAAAGAUUGAAUGAACUCCAUGGAAAAUACCCCAUUUCAAAUGAAGACUACCUUUAUACACUCGUAUUAUUUGUAGCUGAACCUAUUCGUUGGAUCAAUAGCUGGGAAUGGCGAAAGUUAGACAUACGUGAAGUUAACGCUAUCUUUAGAGUGUGGCACGAGAUUGGAACCAAAAUGAACAUUAAAGAAAUUCCUGAUACACUCGAUGAAUGGUAUGAAAUCCAAAAGGCUUACGAAAAUACCUCUGUUACUUAUCACCCUGCAAAUUGGCGCUGUGCUGAUCCCACUAUCAAACAUUUGGGUCAGAGACUUCCGAAAUUCAUGUUGCCUGUUUUAUAUAAAAUACUCCCUUGUUUGCUGGAAGACAGUGAAUGUAAAGCUUUCGGUAUUGAUACGGCCUCUACGGUGAUGAACUUCAUUUUUAACAGCCUAAUCACCGUUCGCGCUUUAUUCAUCCGUUAUUUGUGUUUACCAAGAAAUAUGUAUGAUUUACGAACACCUUUUUAUCCAAACAAGGAGGGUAAAUACGUCCCUCAUUAUUUUGUUUACAAACCAGCUAUUUACACAGAAGGAUACCGUAUUGAGGAACUUGGCCCCGAGAAAUUUAUGCCUAAAUGUCCUUUUUCUGCAGCCUUGAAAGAGGGAAAACACUAA